AUGCCUAUAAUACGCUCCUCGUCUGUUUCUCGACGGAAAUCCCUUCGCUCGGCUCGCCUGCUGUCGUCUUUGGCCUCCCAGUCAACAUACACGGUCUCCCAGACGGCGAACCUGGCUAUGCUGUUUCUGCCUUCUCAGAAACACGAGCCUCCAAGCAGCCCAGACGACGAAAAAUCCAUAAAAGUGCUCCUCAAACAGUAUAAGAAGUUGGAGCUCGCCUUGUCCAAGUUUAGCUCCAAACACAACUCCGUCACGAAAGCUAACUUGCUACGAACCGUCUUGCUACCGUUCCUACGCCUGCAACCUCCUUUAGAAUCCGUGUUUCUGGUCUCUCUGAAGAUCUACUCCAGUUUUUGCUCCGUCUCCACGGCUAUCUUGGGUAAAUGGUGGCGCCUGCUCCUCCUGGCCUUGGCCUCUCAGAACCUGGCCACCCACGUUUCUGCCCUGGAUAGAAACGCCUACUUUGAAUGCAUAUCUAGAAUCAUGGCCCUACGAGAAUGGACCGUGGCCGACCUGGACUCCCAGGCGGUCUUUAUUUCUUGCCUCACAGACACUUUAGACCUCUGUGUACGUCGUGUCCAAGCUCUGAAGCUUGUGCCUAUCUCAAUGAGUGCCUUUGUGGGUAAAGUCUUUGCAUUCGCUUUCUUCAAUCUCCCGCAUGUCUGUAACGCCUUGUUGUUUCUUUUAAAUGUGAAACAAAGCCUGGUUCAGAAUUUGCUUUCCAAUUGUGAAGCUCCUCCUACCAAUGACUUGGCAGGUGCCAAAUCUGCUUUCCCGAAACACUUAUCCCAUCUUAUUGCAUACAAAGGCGUGGAGAACCUCUCCAAAACCAAGCAAGGCAUAAUAAAUUCCAUUCCGCCUCCUAAGCAUCCGGUGAAAGGCAUCCGUGACCCUAGCGGGCCCUGGGUACGCAGAUGGUCCAGCUCCGAUAGCGAUAUCUUCAAUUCUUUUUUCCGUCAUUACAUUAACCUUACUGAUUUAUAUUUGGCAAAGGCUUCUGUCAACAGAGAGAUGCUGCCCACGGUGUUUCCUGGUUUCUACAUUAUUGCAACUCACAUUUCUCAGGUGUUUGAGUACUCCAUAAACAGAAUAGUUCACAAUAUGAAGAAGCCUGAGGUGCCUACUGGCACGGUUGGUCCCGUUUCUACGUCUAAUACUCCAGCGAAGCCAAAGUCUCCUCCAAGAAACAAUGCCGUGCCAGCGUCGAAUCUGCCCCUGCCCCUGCCCCAGCCUGCUCCCCUGCCAAAUCCCCUGCAACUGUCCAGCUCCUAUCCGUUCAAACUGAAUGAUACAAACUAUACUUGCAUAUUAAAGAUCCUUAAGACUACUCGAGACAUUAGCUUUUCCUCCAUCCCAUUCGCCAACAAUCUUUCCCGGUUUAUAGACUUGUUGUUUGUGAACAUUGCUCGUUCGACUAGCAUCUACGACUGCAACAGAAAUGGCCUAGUGCUCAGUCUCGUUCAUGUUCAUUCGAACCAUGUAUUUGAUACAAGCAACAUUGACUGGGAGUUUUGGUUGGGCUGUGUUUACCUCAUGCUCACUGAGACUCAUCAUCUUCAGAUCAUCCAGAGAAGUUUGGCCUUCUUGUUCAAUGUGUGGGACAGAAUCCCUGAUCAGUUGUGCAAGACUGAGCUUCCUCAAUCCGUUUCAUACUUGAAAGGCUGGCUCUUGAAUCCUGGAGACAGCAUCAAGGUCAAUUUCUCUAACUGGUUGACUUCUACUGAUGUUUGGACCAAGUUCUUCUUGCACUGGAAUCCAAUCGUCCGGUCCUACUUUCUUCGUCUUUUGGUUUGGAGAAUAAUUGGUAUCAACAACUAUGAAUCCUCAUCAUCCAUUCAGACCACCAGAAGAAGUAAGACAAAGCUUGAUUUGAUGUAUGGCACUUUGAGCAAAAGCAAAGAACUCACAAAAGAGUUGAGCUUUGCUCCUGAUAGCCCUAUGGUGAACAGAAAAUUCGGUAUCUUGCCAUUGAACCCAAGUCAAACUUACUUGGGCCCUGACGAUAUUUCUGCUAGCUACUUAACAGGAAAUUCUACAAGAACCAGUGAUUUGAGAAAGACUCAUCCUUACGAGGUAUUCGACGAAGCCAUUUACUCCUGUACCUCUUUGCCUAGCUCUCCAGCACAGCAAACAGGAAAGAACAGUCCACCUCAAGGCUCUCUUUCGAAGCCACAGAAGAAUGGUUCUUUGAUCAACUCGUUGAGUAAGUUCUUCAAGAGCUUAUCCACAGAAGAAAAGAACAGUUCUACGCUCAGAAUACAGCCUCCAAAAGCAUUGGGCAGAAAGAAUUCGCUUACGUCUCUUAAGAGAAACUCAAGGUCUUUUUCAUCUUUGUCGACGUCUCCUAGGAUUUCAUCUAGGAACUCAAGCCCUAGCUUGGUGUCUCACCAGUCGUCGCUCAACGACUUGUCCACGGACUCUUCGGCAACAUCUGAUUCCGAAUCCUCGAUGUCUGACUUCAUUGGGUCUUCCAACUCGUCGUUCUCGUCUCGUUCGUCAAAGAAUACACAGCCUCCAGAGCUCUUCAAGGUGCCUCCUGAGAUUGUUCGUCCAAUCUUCAAGUUUGACAUUGUUGUUGAUAGCGAAGUCUUGACCAAUAAGUUUACACAAAUGCAAAGGGCCAAUGCUUCGGACGUCUAUGGCAAGUUCUACUUGCAAGGACAAUCCUUGCCAAACUCUGAACCAAAGGCUGUGAAGGUUCCGUCUAUCUCGAUUUUCCUCAAUUCAGAUAUCUACAAUCCCUUUUAUAUCAGUACUGAUAACUAUCUUAUUGAAGAGGAGAUAUUUGAUGAUGGGGAAGAUGACGAAAAGGAACGUUUUGUCAAGAAGAUUGGCACGUGGUGCUCUAAUAAAGCCUCGUUGCAAUGUCUAGGCAAAUCCAUCAAUGAAUGGAACCAGAUUGUGGAGGAGUUUGAACGCUUCUUGUUCCAUACUGUUGAAGCCGACCAAGCCAAUUACGUCCCCACGGUAUCCAGAUCGUCAGAUGAGGAUCUUGGAGGCUCGCCAAAAAGAGAAGAGAUCAACGAGGGCGAAUACUUCCAGCGUAUUGUGCCCUUUCUUCCUAUCGAUAGUUUUACGGAGCUCAAGUUGCUUAAUGCAUCCUGA